CAGUUAAGAUGUCAUACUAUGGCCAGCCGUAACUCGAUAUCAACUUAAUAAUUUUAAUAAGUGCUGUGAAUUUUAAAUUGUGAUCUAAGCUGUUUAUCUUUUCAUUGGACUCGUUCGACAAGGCCUUCACGAUGAACAUGGUAGAAUGGUGGACCAGGUCCGAGCUGAUGCCAGGCGAGCACGAUGGCUGUGCCGCGUCUCGCAUGUGGCGGAGCGCCUGCUACGCGCUGGAGGUGCCUGACGCGCAGCAGCUCUGGGACAGGAUCGCCAAGGAGUCCCCACCUGACUCCUUGUGGCACUCCCUGAGGAACUGCGUGGCUUAUCAGGCCGGUGUUUGGCAGAACCUGCUGAUAAAGGGAGUGGGCGAUGUGACCCAACCCGGACCGUUCAAGAUGGCGCUGGUGUUACGACACACGCCGACGGACGUGGCAGUCGAGCUGAUGGCUGAGAUGCUCAAAGAAAAUCCAGAGGCGGUGGAUCUCACAAACUACGUGGUGACACUGCUCACUGAUGACGUGUCGUCGUGUGGAGGCUGCUUAGCAAGAGCUGAGAUUGAAUCCUCAAGCUCGGGUAGCGACAGCACCAGCUCAGAAGACUCGGAGCCAGCCGUUCCUCAGAGGGAUCUUCAGAUAUUUGGCGAUCUUGAGCUGGCUGUGUUGUCUGCGUCCAGGGAAGAGUACGACGCUCACGCCAAGCUGGUCAGGGCUGAGUAUUCGAAGCUAACCCAGAAGAACUAUGUAGAACUGAGAAUCAAGAUUCUGAACCAGCUCAUCCAAGUCCCUAAGCUGUACCAGUCUCCCGAACUGGAGUGCUUCGAGGCACUUGCCCGCGAGAACAUAGAUCGAGAAAUUCUCACCCUGAGGGAACACCUCCUGACAGGACAGCAUGACUAGAAUUACUCCAUGGGAAGCACUUCCCAUGGUUAAACAUUGAGUAGAAUACUUGAGCCGUGGUUAAGUGGUAAAAGAUUCUUCUUGUGUCGGUGAUGAAAUAUAGAGAUUGCUUGGACUAGAAAACAUUCCUUAGUUCGUAUUCUAGGUCAGAAUCAAAAAUUUAUUUAUUUAGCAUUUUAGUAAAUAGUAUUUGAAGGACUUCCCUUUUAAGUUCGCAGAACCUGUGUUAGGGAAGACCGCUCUUUCCAAUGGAUAAGAAUGCUUACACAUUUAACAAAAACAUAAAUUAUACUUAAAUAAACCAAUCUUAGGCAUAAAAUAAACAAACUAAAAAAUGGUUCAAUAUUGAAGGUAGAUUAAUAUUUGCGUCGCUCACAUUAAUAUUUGGUGUCUCAAUCAUUUGUAAUCCACCAACAAGUGUAUUGUUUUCCUUCUUCGUACACAGUUAUGAAGACGUAGUGACCUAGUAGGUUGUUGUAUUUUGAAUUUGUUUUUUUUUUAUGAAAAUAAGGAACGAGACGAGCAGGACGUUUAGCUGAUGGUAACUGAUAUGCUCUUCCCAUUACAAUGCAUUGCCGCUCUGGAUUCUUGAAAUACCCAAAAAUUCUGAGCGGCACCACAAUUGCGCUCGACACCUUGACACAUAGGAUAUUAAGUCUGAUUUGCCCAGUAAUUUCACUAGCUACGGCGCCCUUUAAACCGAAACACAGUAAUGCUUACACAUUACUGCUUCACAGCAGAAAUAGGCGCCUUAAUAUGGUUUGCAGUGUAUACAAUAGGGCAAGAUCUAGUACUGUACUGUAACACUGGGGACGUAUUUUUUUUAUUGGCACACUUCCACACAAAUCAUCCAUACCCAAAAUGAGCGUAUCCUGGACCUUGGACCAGAGGACAAUGUAUGUUAUACAAUAUACCGAUAUAUAAGUAGUAAUGUUUAAACAUUAUUGUGUUUCGGUCUGAAGGGCGACGUACAUUGGGCACGUAAUGGGCAGGGCGUAUCAAUUACCAUCAGCUGAACGUCCUGUUGCUGUUAAAAUAUGAUAAAUCGAUCAUAUUAUUCUACAAAUAAAUAAUAUUACCAAAUAUAAAUAAAUCAAGAGCUAUGAGCAAAUAAAUAUACUUGGAAAAUCACAUACCUACUAAUUUUUUUAAUAAACUAUAUUUCUACGUAAUUGGGUAUACUAAUGAAACAAGUAAUAUUAUGAAAUGUUAUUUAUUACAAUGAUCCAUCUGACCCUUAUUCAUAAUUUACACUAGACUCAUCAGUUAAGUCCGUUACAUUAAUAAUAAUUAAUUUUAGUUCAUUUAUUAUUGUCUGUAUUAACUUGACAACUAGUCUGAAUUUAAUAUUGUUAUCAAUCAUGACAUUGACAGUGACAUUAACCAUGUGACAAGUGCUAUAUAAUGAGUGCAUAGCAUAACAGUAGUAGUAGCCCCAGUUCCAACCAGACAUUGGUCGGGUAUAGACAUGCCCGGGUGCAGUGCUACUUACUGAUCAACUAAAUUGAUAUACAGAAAAGACACGCUUACAAUUUUGUUAUAUAAUAGACAGUAGUACGUAUGUAUGUGUACUUUUAAGCUUAUGAAAUGUUUAUUGAUGUUUUAUCAAAAUUCUAUACUUAAUAGAUCUUAUUACAUAUAGAAUAUAAUUACCUUCUUCUCCUAUUUGAUAUAAGGUAUAAAUUAUAUUGGUCUUUAAAGCAUAAUAUUUGGAUCUUCCUGAAAUAAAUGCUAUUUAGGUACCUACCAUAAAUUAUUUAUUAAUGUUAAUAGUACUUAUGUGUGCUAUUUUGAAAAAUAUUUAUUAAUUGUAUUUAGUUUAUUUGAAAUCAUUAAAGUGUGUUGCCGAUAUUAUUGAUUUUCAACCAUAACAUUGAACGAAAUCAUAAACAUUUACAUGUUCUUGCUAGUAAUUAGGUAUAUAUACCUAUAUCUUAAAUAGAUUUUUCUUAUUAAAAUUUUGCUGAAUUAUUAAUGAAACAAAAAUGCAAUAAAUACGCGCGAAAUAUAAAAUAUCGAAUCGCAGUGCUAUUGGAUGAAGCACAGUGUGACUUAAACAAUUGUAGCUCGUCUGUUGAAAUUAAUCAUGAUUGCUAGUCCAGAUUCAGGAAGAACAUUAGAUAUUGCUUAUAAUAAAUAGUAUAAAGUAAAUUCCAGUUUAUUUGGAAAACUUAAAGCAAAAUCAUAACUAUUUAAAACCAGUUAAGUUCAGAUCCGGCUCGAAGGACCAAUGUCCGGAGCUGGGGUAAAUUAUAAAGAAAUAAAAGGGAUAAUUAUAUCUGUUUAUGUUAAAAAUUAUUUUAUCAGAAGAGUGUGUAAUUAUUUGGAUACUGAACUUUGCCCCUUAGACCUUUUCACAAAAUGCUGUAAAUAUACAUUUAAAAACCUGUAACCAAAAACCCUGUAGAAAAAUAUUGUUCGUUGUACCUACCAUACUAAUUUUCAUAUCUUUAUCUUGAACUUUAGUACUAGAUUUAAUAUCCUAUUUAUGUAAACAAUUUAUGAAUGUGCCUGUUUGUUUAUAUUGAAUAUAUAAAUAAUUAAAUAUUACAAUGGGCUAAACUAAUGAGGUGAGAUGGUAGUGGACAGUCACGCCCAGUACUACGUCCGAAUGCUAACUAACUCGAGUAAAUAUAUUGAAAUAUAAUGAAAAAUAUAACAUCAGAAAAUCAAUUUGCAUGAUGUCACUUACAUUGAAAACUGUACGGUUGUUUAACGUACAAUAAUAUUUUCUUCUUUCUAAUUAUCUAUACUAAUAUUAUAAAGAGGAAAUAUUUGAUUGUUUGUUUGUUUGCAUUGAAUAGGCUCCGAAACUACUGAAUCGAUUUGAAAAAUUCUUUCACUGUUAGAAAAAUUCGGGAUCCUUAAUAAAACUCUGAUAAUGUAACCCAAAGUGUAAACAAAAUUAUCUAAAACUAGCAGUUUACCCAGGCUUCGCACGGGUAUUUAACAAGCCUAUGUCACCCGGGGAUAGUGUAGCUUCUCAACAGGGAAAGAAUUUUUCAAAUCGGUUAAUCAGUUUCGGAGCCUAUUCCAAUCUUGAAAAUUCUGUCACCAAUAGAAAUCCAAAUUUUUGCGAGUAUCAUAUAAUAUAUACACUAUAUAUUAACCCAAAAAAUUUAAAUACUUAUUCAUAGUAGUUGUAUUUGUAAAAUACGUCGGAGAAAAAACCGUCGAACACUAAAUUAAAUUAUAUGGCAAAACGUUUGCCGGGUCAACUAGUUUCAAUAUAUUUUUCUUCUUAUCCGUCUAAUUCUAUUCAUUGAUCAAAAUGUAAAUGUCUAUCUAUCUAGUAGAGCUAGCCGGCUGUGCGUGGGAAGGUAGAGCGCAUCCCACGUGCCUCAACCACGAUCUCAAUUCGACUUAACUUAAUUUGUUUGUUCUCUUUUGAUCUCUUAUUAUCUAAGCUGUAUUUAGUAGUAUGUAGUUUGUGUUGAUAAUUUUAAAUAUUUAUUAUAUGACAUUAUAUUGUAUUUAGGUUAAGCGUUGUAAAACAAUAUUUUAAUAAUAUUUAAGUACCAUAACUUUUAGCUAGGGACGGUUAGCACCGUAGUAUGAAUGCUUGUGGUGUUUACCUAUAAUUAUAAUAGUUAUGUACGCUUUUAUUUACGUUUUAUUGUUAUAACUGCUUCUAGACAUAAUUCCAAAUAAAUAAAUAAAAUACACGCGUUUACGAUGAUA